AUGCAUAUUUCUUAUAUCAAAGGUAGUGUUGCUGGAACGGUUUCCACAGCAGGCUCUCUCACGGCCAUUAUUGGAGGUUCUGUUGACUUUACUUGUAUAUAUACCUUAGACUCUGGUGAUAUAGUCUAUCCAGGAACAAUUUCUUGGCAAGUCAAAACAGUCCCAGGACAAGAGGAUUUUACAAAUAUAGCCUAUUUUUCUCCACCUGGAACAACUGUUCCAAAUUCCUUUACAGACUUUGCCACUGAUUAUAAGAAUCGAUCUGAAUUAUUUAAUGUAACAGCUGAUGGAGAUAAUUCUUAUGUUGUUGUGAUGAGAGUAAACGAAGUGGUAUGUUCAGACGAGAAUCACUACAGAUGUUCUGUUUUAUUCGUAAAUACUGCAUUAGGUCUUGCACCUAAGACAAAAGAAACGUCUCUCACAGCUAGAGCACCCGCUGAGCGGCCAUAUGAAAUUCCAAUUCUUACACCAGAAAAUAUAGAAGAGAACACGGAAGUGACUUUUUUCUGGAAAGCCAAUGUUGGAAAACCUCCAGGACAAAUCAGAUGGUGGCGCCAUAGGAAAGGAAUAAUAACUCCAAAGGAAAUGUCAGGGGUGUCUACCAAUACCCCACAGGUUCAGGAAGGUGUGUGCGUCUACAACGUGACCAGCACAGUAACGUACACCAUGACUAAAGACGAUGACCAGUCCGUGUGGAGAUGUUUUGUGGACAAUGAACUGCUGACAAUACCAGACCGAGAAAAACCAAACCAAGAGUCUGAAAUGGUUAACUGUGGGGGUACAUAUACAGAACAGAGUGUAAUUGUCUUAUCGAGAGAAACGUGUACAGCUACUGCCUGA